AGCUCGAGAAUUGGGAUUUACAGUUCUCGUGGAUAUGAGAGGAGCAACAUGGUCCACCGUAAAACCCAUCCUAAAAGCCCUUCACGAACAUUUUCCUCCGGGCGUAGUUCAUCAAGCGCUCAUAGUAAAACCCGAUAACUUUUGGCAGAAACAGAGAACGUCAUUGGGAUCACAUAAGUACAAAUUUGAGACAAAUAUGAUUAGUCUAGAGGCCUUGCCAAAAAUUAUAGAUACUUCUCAAUUGACCUCAGACUUGGAGGGUACUCUAAGUUACGACCACGCAAACUGGCUCGAAAGUAGGGUAGCGGUAGAAGAGUUUUCCUGGCAAGCUGCAGAUCUACUUGAUAGGCUUGACGAUCUGCAGGAGGAUUUAGCAAGGAGCGAUUAUGCGGACGAUGUUAGUGGUGCCAAGCAUAAAAUCGACUUACACAAUGAGAUGAAGAAGAAAAUAAUGAAAGCACCAGUAGAGGACAUCGAUUUGCUAGGUCAGAGAUUAUUACAAAAAGUUUGUGGUAACGAUACAGGUCAAGGAGGUGGAGGAACCGGUGGAAGAGACGGAGAAUCACCAAGUGGUAGUAGUAUGGAUAAUGAUAUUAAAAGCUUAGUAAUUCAAAACCUCGAAGCGGUCCACUCCUCUCAAAAACACCUACUUCAACUCUGGCACCAUAAAAAACUGAAACUGGACCAGUGCUUUCAACUCCGCCUCUUCGAACAAGACUGUGAGAAAAUGUUUGAUUGGAUAUGUCACAAUCGUGAGGUUUUUCUAGUAAAUUACGUGGAAAUCGGCCACACUUACCAAUUAGCUAAACAACUACAAGAAGAACAUCAACAUUUUACAAUGAGUUCAAUGAAUGUUUACGUGAAUAUCAGUAGAAUUCUUUCGGUGGCUGGAAGAUUAAUUGAAGGAGGGCAUUACGCUGCUACUCACAUUAGAUCGGUUGCUAAUCGACUCGAUCGAUCUUGGAAGGAUUUUGCUGCUGGAUUGGAUGAACGUACAGCGGUAUUGGCUCUUUCCGUUAUCUUUCAUCAUAAGGCUGAACAAUACGUCGAUAACGUCGGUGCUUGGAAUGGGGCUUGUGAAAAUACCAAUAUACCUACAGAAAUAUUAAUGCUUGAAAACUCAAUUCAUCAACAUCAAAAUCUUUACGAAUCAAUGUGCCAGGCCUAUACAGAGGUAUAUAACGCUUAUCAAGCUCUGCUGAACGGUCUGGACGUGAUGCUCCAAGUGUGCCAUAAUUCCACGACAUCGCAGAAAGAUGCGGCUGACCGGAAAACAAUAACGAAUGUACAUAGCACGAGUAAGAAGCUCCUCUAUCAGUUAGACCACUUGGUGCAGGUCUGCAAUCAACCAGGAACUGAGAGGAAACAUAGCGAUAGUUCAAGUAACUAUGAAAAUAGACCUGGUGGAAAUCCAGCUGCGGAUUACAGUGAAGGUGCUAGUCAUGUCUUGCAGGUAAUACAUCAAAUUUUAAAUCAUCACAGAGCGUUGGAACAAAAAUGGCAUACAAAGAAGAUUAAGCUCCACCAACGAUUAGCUUUGAGGUUGUUCCAAGAGGACGUUAAACAGGUGCUGGAUUGGUUAUCGAAUCAUGGUGAAGUGUUCAUCCGUAAAAACACAGGGAUUGGUAGAAAUUUACAAAAAGCCCGAGUGUACCAAAAGAGUCAUGAACAUUUCGAAAAUGUUGCACAGAACACUUACACAAAUGCAGACAAAUUACUAGCUGCUGCGGAUGAAUUAGCUCAUACAGGAGAAUGUGAUCCAAAUGAAAUUUAUUCUGUAGCCCAUGAAUUAGAAACUCACGUUGCUUCUUUUGCGGCAAGAGUCGAACAAAGAAGAAGAAGGUUAGAAUUAGCCGUUUUAUUUUACACCCAAGAAAAAGAAUUAAGUACAUGGGUCGAUGAAUUACGACAAGAACUUCAAAACGAUGAAAGUAUUGCGGAACCUUUAGACACGACGGAACGUCUUUUGGAACAAACUGCGCAACAUCGCGACCAAAGUUUGAAGGCUUGCGCAUCAACGAUAGCUCAAGGAGAAGCUCUGCUCCAAGAGUUAAGAUCGAUCGGUGAAAUUGACUCCACAGGUUCUAUUUCCGCUAUUGAAGCGGCUUUGGAUAGAUUAUCAAAACAAAGAAAUGAUUUAGAAGAAUUAUGGUCUACGAGAAAAAUGCGAUUAGAUUUUUGUUUAAGAUUAAGAUUAUUUGAAAGAGACGCUGUUGAAGUAUCUUCUCAAUUUGAAAUGUGGUGUGAAGAACUCCAACAUUUUGAGCUUCCAAGAGACAUAGCAAAAGCAGAACAAUUUCUAAGACUUCACAAUGAGAGCGUGACGCAAAUGCAAAACACUAACUAUCACGUUUUGCAACAAGGGCAAGAUCUGAUCCAAGUUUUUGAAUCUUCAGGUAUCUGCGUUAUGGCAGAUUCUCAAUGUAACGCUCAAACAAGAGUUCAAGUACUUUUAGAGUUUCUGCGUGAUCGUGAGAUGGAAUUAGAAGAAUACGCUGAAAUGAAAAGAAUUAAAUUGGAACAAUGUAUUCAAUUAAGUCAGUUCCAAAACGAUGCUAAUCAAGUAAUUAGUUGGAUUAGAAACGGAGAAUCAAUGCUGAUGGCUAGUUUUGCAAUUCCCAACAGUUUAGCUGAUGCGGAACAAUUAAAAAAAGAACAUGAACAAUUUCAAGUUGCUAUUGAAAAAACUCAUACUUCGGCGGUUCAAGUCAAAUACCGCGCGGAUGCGCUAAUUAAUGCUAAUCAUUAUGAUCCUCAAAGCAUCAGGGAAAUAUCUGAAGAAGUUACGAAAAGAUGGCAGCAAUUAGUUACUUGUGCAGAAGAAAGACACAAAUUAGUAACCGCUAGUUUAAACUUUUAUAAAACAGCUGAACAAGUUUGUUCAGUUUUGGAUAGUUUAGAAAGAGAAUAUCGCAGAGAUGAAGACUGGUGCGCUACUGGAUCUCAAAGUGGUAUUGAUAAAGCCACGUCAAUUUCUCAACUUAUUAAUAAACACCAGGAACAAAAAGAAGCUUUUCUUAAAGCUUGUACUUUAGCGAGACGAACAGCAGAAACUUUUUUAAAAUACACCACGAGAAGUUUACAGUUUUACAAUUAUCCAAGCUCAGCAGGAAAUCAAGAAAGUAGAGUCAAAGGAAUUUUAGAAAAACUACUAAGUCAAGAAAACAAAGUCUUAGAACACUGGACUUUACGCAAAAAACGAUUAGAUCAAUGCCAACAAUUUGUUUUAUUCGAAAGAUCUGCGAAACAAGCUAUUGAAUGGAUUCACGAUACCGGAGAAUGUUACUUAACCACACACGCAACAAACUUAGGAAACAACAUUGAGGAAACUGAGAGUUUACUUCGCGAACACAAUGAAUUCAAAGGAACCGCAAAAGAAACGCGCGAAAGGGUUAAACUUUUAAUACAACUAGCCGAUAGUUUGGUGGAAAAAGGACAUGCUCACGCUAAUUCCAUUAAACAAUGGGUCGCAGCCGUUGACAAUCGAUAUAAAGACUUUAGUUCUCGCAUGGAAAGUUAUAGGCAACAAUUAGAGGAAACUUUGGGAAUUCAAGUUGAAGAGGAAACUGAGAAAAAAGAAUUGUCAAUCGAUCGAAAUUCUGAUCCUAGUUUGGAAGCUAAAGUAGCCGCUAAAGAAUUGAAAGAAUUGAAUGAAGAAAAAAGGAGAUCUGCUAGAAGAAAAGAAUUUAUUAUGGCCGAGUUACUUCAAACAGAACGAACUUACGUAAAAGAUUUAGAAACAUGUAUAAAUUGUUUCUUGUACGAAAUGCGAAAUGGUGGUGUACCACAAUCAUUGAUUGGAAAAGAAGACAUCAUUUUCGGAAAUAUCGAAGAAAUUUAUCACUUCCACAAUUCGAUAUUUUUAAAGGAAUUAGAAAAAUACGAGACGAUGCCUGAAGAUGUUGGGCAUUGUUUCGUUACUUGGGCUACCAAAUUUGAUAUGUACGUGCAUUAUUGUAAGAAUAAACCGGAAUCGAAUAGUUUAUUAGUGCAACAUGGUGGAAGUUAUUUUGAAGAAUUACAAAAAAAACAUAAAGUCGAACAUCCGAUCGCCGCUUAUUUAAUUAAACCCGUUCAAAGGAUUACUAAGUAUCAGCUUUUGCUCAAGGAUUUGCAAUCUUGUUGUCAAGAGGGACAAGGAGAAAUCAAGGAUGGUUUAGAAGUUAUGCUUAAUGUACCAAAGAAAGCAAACGACGCUAUGCACUUAUCCCUCUUGGAAGGCUGUGAUAUAUCUGUUGAUAAACUAGGCGAAGUCAUACUUCAAGACGCAUUUAGUGUAUGGGAUCCAAAACAGAUAAUAAGAAAAGGAAGGGAUCGUCAUAUUUUCCUUUUUGAAUUGUAUCUUCUCUUUACUAAAGAAGUUAAAGAUUCAGCUGGAAAAGUUAAAUAUAUUUAUAAAAACAAAUUAAUGACAUCAGAAUUGGGAGUAACAGAACACAUAGAAGCAGAUGAAUGCAAAUUUGCAGUAUGGACUGGACGAGCCCCCAUUUCGGAUUAUCGAAUCGUUUUAAGGGCGUCUUCGUUGGAUACAAAACAGUUAUGGGUCAAGAAAUUAAGAGAAGUUAUUCAAGAGACUUACUUUAGUGGUGCUUUACCUCUUUCAUUACCUAAAAGUCCUGCUAAAUUUAAACCUCACAGUCAAAGAUCUAGCAGGGAUCUAGAAGAAUGUGCGUCUUUGGAUGAAAGUGCUGAAAAUUUGGAUAGGAAUUCUCUUACAUCUUUCGGAUCUGGGAAUACUACUGAUUCUGAUAAGGCUGGAGUAUUGGAGAUGACAUGGGUGGUAAGCGAUUUUACCGCGACCAGUCCUCAUGAACUAAGCGUUUCUAAGGGACAACAAGUGGAAGUCGUGGAAAUACACUCUUCGAAACCAGACUUUUGUUUAGUGCGUAUGCCCACAAGGGGCAGUGACAGUGAAAAUAGUACCGUACCAGAAGGGCUUGUGCCGUUAGCCGUUUUAAAACAGCCUCCAGCACCUAGAAGUUCGCCAUCUAGAAGACCAUUAUUAGAUCAUGAAGACGUUAUCAACAAUGAUAGUACGGGAACUGCAAACACCUCAUCACCUGUGAAUAAACGAAGAGGUUUUAGCGGGAAAUGGUUGCCACCACCAUUGAGGAAACUCUCGCAAGGAAAAGUAGAAAAACCGCCGGCUACGGACAGGCCGCCUUUAAAGAAAACCGGAUCCGAUAAGCGAAUUAAGGUACCACCAGAUAUGGGGAACAAACCAUCCGUAUCCGAAGGCGAAGAGGAAGAUGAUAGGCUUGGACCUACUACGGUGACGGCGAGAACAGCCGCUGCAGGACAACCGGAGAUGACGAAUGGCGGUGGAGACGACGCUGACGAAGAAGUAGAACUUCCACCACCUAUGAAGCCGAUACAAGAGCCAAUUUUAGUUACUGCAGUGCCUCCUAGCGUUCCCGGUAUUCCAUCAAUUGAAGAGCAACCCGGAAAAAGGGUGUCUAGCUUGACAUUGAAAUCAAUAGAAGGAGCAACGUCCGCUGACCUAGCGGAAAUUGAGCAGAUUGUUAAGGAGCGAAUGGAACAACAUUCUGAAAAUCAAGAAAGAAACUCAUUGGUGCGUGAGACAAAAUCCGCGGACGCUUUAACGGAAUGCGGCGAAGGUGGAAGCGGACAAGAAUUGGGUGUGAGAAUUUCCGGUGAAGGUGCCGGAAUCACUUUAAGUGGUGACGAAAGUGAUAAAACUGGCGAAAAUGCCUCCGAUUCUUCCUCCAAAUCCGUCGAAUUUUACUUAAAGAAAAGACAAUUUGUGUUGAAAGAAUUAUAUGAUACCGAAAAAGCUUACGUGAAAGACUUAGAAAUGAUUGUGCACGGUUAUAUGAAGGAAAUGCGGAAUCCCGAUUGUGAAAUCCCAAUACCAGACGAUCUAAAAGAGGGUAAAGAUAGGAUUGUGUUUGGAAAUAUCGAAGUGAUUUACGAAUUUCAUAAUAACCAAUUUUGUGAAGCUUUGGAACAAUGUGUUGAAGCACCAUCCGAAUUAGGUCCAUUAUUUAAACGUUUUGAAAGAAAAUUAAGGAUGUAUGUGGUUUAUUGUAAAAAUAAGCCAUAUUCUGAACACAUAGUUUCAGAAUAUUUAGACAGUUAUUUUGAGGAAUUGAGAAUUUUCUUAGGACACAAAUUACAAAUUUGCGACCUUCUCAUUAAACCAGUACAAAGGAUAAUGAAGUACCAAUUACUUUUGAAGGAUAUUUUAAAAUAUACGGAAAGAGCUGGAAUAACAGGGGAAAUUGAAACUCUUCGAGCAGCUGUUGUUGUUAUGACCGUCGUCCCACAAGCUGCCAACAAUAUGAUGGACGUUGGACGAUUACAAGGAUUCAAUGGUAAUAUUAACUCCCAAGGACAAUUAUUACUUAGCGGUCCAUUAACUUGUUCAGACAUCCCAGGAUCUUCAAAUCCUUGUAUAGGAAAAAAUAAAGAACUUCAAGUAUUUCUCUUUGAACAAAGCAUUAUAUUCUCAGAAGCUGUAGGAAAAAAGACGCAAUUUACUAGUCCUCGCUACAUUUACAAAGCACAUUUUCAAAUAAAUAAAAUGUCUUUAAAUCCCUCAACAAGUUCGGAUUCGUUUACGUUAGUUUCAACGGACCCAAAUAAACCCAUGCAAGGAUUUGUUUGCAAUACACCAGCACCAGAAAUGCACGAGAAAUGGCUGAAUACCUUAGACGAUAUCCUCCAGGCGCAAAAAGAUUUCCUGAAGGCGAUUCAAAGUCCCAUCGCGUACCAAAACAAACUAACAAAGGACCCAGUUGACAUGUCGUCGUUGUGGUGUCCAAAUUCUCCAUCAAGAAGAAGUGGAUCCUCUUCAGCAUCAACGCCAGCUUCACCGAUAAGCACAAAAGCUCCUCAUAGAAACACCAUAGCGAUUCAUAAGGCUAAUACUAUUGGAAUACCCCCAGAUCCGGAUUCUACUGGGCAUUCGAAUGAAACCAAAUCUGGAAAGAAAUUUAUUUUUGGAUUCCGAAAUACUUUAAGAUCAAAAAGUAAAACCGAACCAUCUUCUGAUAAUCAUAAGGAUAAUGAAAAAAAUGAUAAUAGAAGUUGGUGUGAAAAUGGGCAAACAACUAUAAUAGAAUAUCCAAAUGAGUCUCAAAGAUCCGAUUUAAAUCAAACCGAUUUAAUACGAAGGAAUAGCGAUGAAUUUUGGAUUACAGAAAAUAAUACGUUAUCGAGUAGUCCAAGAAAACCUUGGUCGUUUAGAUUUAGAAAAAAUAGUAGGAAAUCAAUCGAUGAAACUUCUUAUUCUGAAAACAUGAAUAAUGAAUACCCCGAAUUUAUAGAAAAAAUAAAAGAUAUCACUGUGAUGGUCGGUUCACGAGCCGUACUAAAAUACAAAGCAAGUUUUUCGAGUAAAAACGUUUAUAGUACAUGGAAAAAAAUCCAACCCGAUUCUUGGAUAAUAAGAAAUAGUGGCAGAAUUCUUGUUAGUCAAAACGAAGAUGGGGAAGGUUUGUUAAUAAUAAAUAACGCAAAAUUAACAGAUUCCGGAGUUUAUGUUUGUACGUUGUCAAAUGAUAAUAUUUACGCUGAAUGUUCAGCGACUUUAACCGUUUUGGAUUCAGAUAUUAUCCCCGAAUUAAAAACUCAAAUUGUAUCUUGUUCAAGCGUCGCUUUAGAAUGGGAAAACUCAAACCACAAACAAUUUUUAAUCGAAUACUGCAAAGUUGGAAGUGGAGAAUGGAUUUCGCCUAAUAACAACAUCCCUAUAUCAAGUCAUAAUUUUCUCAUUGAACAUUUAGUACCAAGUGAUACUUACAGCUUUAGAUUAUUAACAUUUCCAAGUAGACAAGUUGGACUACCAAGCGCAGCCGUUACUUUACCAGUUGCUGAUAAUUUAAGAUGGCAACAAGAACAAUUUAAACGAAGAUACAUUGAAUUAGAAGAACUCAAUAGAGGAAGAUGUGCAAUUGUUAGGAAAGCUCAAGAUAGAGGAACGGGACAAGAAGUUGCUUUGAAACAAGUUUUUAGAAGAAAACAAUCCCAUCAGGUUACCCAAGCUGAAUACAGUUUACUUGUUGGGUUGCAACAUACAAAUAUUGUACAUGCCAUGGCUUUAUUUGAUAAUGCACCAGUUCCUGGAAUUGAUACUAUUGUUUUAGAAUUGGUGCAUGGACCGUUAUUAUUUUCAUAUAUUGUUCAAAAUGAUUCGUAUACAGAAGGGGAAGUAUGUGGAUACUCUAAACAAUUAGUUCUUGCUUUAGCUUGGUUACAUAAAAAAGAUAUCGCUCAUUUAGAUAUAAAGCCUGAAAAUAUAAUGGUAGAUUUAAACCACGAUCAUCCAAUAUUAAAAUUAGUAGAUUUUGGGGAUUGUGUAAACACAUCAAAAAACGUAAUAUUACCACCAACUUGUUUAGAAUUCGCAUCGCCAGAGCUAGUUUUGGGGCAACAAGUCGGGAAACACACUGAUUUAUGGGCCGUUGGAGUUUUGGUUUAUGUAAUGUUGAGCGGAGUUUCGCCAUUUUUAGACGAUUCUGUUGAAGAAACCACUGCGAACAUUUUAAAAUGCGACUUUUGUUUCCCUGAAGAUUAUUUUACGACUGUAUCAGAUAAAGCAAAGGCUUUAAUUAAAUUAUUACUUAAUUUGGUACCGAAACAAAGAAUAAGUAUGGAGGAUUGUUUACAAAAUCAAUGGUUCGAAAAUGAAUCCAAUCUAAAUAUAAUAUGUUCUUCAAGAUUGCGUGCUUUUUUACAAAGAAGACGUCGAACUGCACCUUCUUCAAAUUUGCCAAUUAAUAACGUUAAUGUUUAAUUAUUAAUUUUUUUUAAUAUAAAACUUGUGAUUUGUAAUUUUUAAUCAUUUUAGAAUUUCUGUGUUGUUUUUUUUUUCAAAAUAAAUUUAAUUUUAAGCUAUAGUUAACUAGUCACUUAUAAUCAAAACUAUGAUCUGGUAUUGAUCACCUACUAAUAAAUUUCUAUUAAUUCUUGUAAUAUCAUAUCAAUAUUCUUGUAAUAUUUUAUCUUUCUAUCCGUGUAACAUUAUUUUUUGUAAAUAUUCUCCAUUGUAUCCUUAAAUUUAAAUUUUUUAUGUGCCUUUACUGUUUUUGUGUCCCACAAUUUUGUACUCUAAAUAAAAAAUAAAAAAAAGGAAAAUGUG